ACUCCUUGAGCGGAUUGCUCGUUGCGGCGGCUCUCCCACGUCCUCUCACCCGUAUCUCCACUCAGCAUGGCAGACAACAGAAGAGCCCCGGGCAAUGAAACACAGCAUGGAGCAGCGGUGGGAGUUAAAGUCACCACUGCCAUAAGCGAGUCUUCCUCGAUCCAUAGCGACCGAUUCUUUGGCAUUCCAAGAGAAAUCUCCGGGCUGGAUUUCGACACGGUCACCGGAGUGUUCGACCUUCCAGACUACAUUGAGGAACAAUCCGAAUCAAGCAGUAACAUGCCGCAUGCGAGAAGCGAAGACAAAAUGCGAGGGGCCAACACAGUGGAAUCUCUACAGGAGACGAGGAACGGUCUGUACUUCAACGAUGGGAAGAGGAAAGUGGAUUACGUCCUCGUGUACCAUUACCGGAGACGGUCGUCCGUCCGCGGCUCCCCGGGUCAGCACCGAUUAUCCAUCAUAUCUAACGGCAGUUUUCCCGUCUCUGCCGGCAAGAAGGAUGCGCAGAAAGUGAAGACGGAGCCUGAGGUGGCGGUGGAGUUUGGAGCGGUGGACCACGCAGAAGAGGAGAAAGUCAUGAUCCGGGAGGAGUUUGAAGCAAACCUGAUAGAUGCUGGCCUCGAGAUUGAACGGGACAAAGAACACAAGGUCCAAGGAGUUGGGUUCAUUCGACUCCACGCCCCCUGGCAGGUGCUGAGCCGGGAGGCUGAGUUUCUGAAGAUUAAGCUGCCCACAAAGACGAGCUAUGAGCUAAAGGAAGGAAGUGGGAUUUCUGGGAAAAUGGAUGCAUUUUGGCGCAGGCUCAACCAGCCAUUCCAGCCCAAAGUGCCCCAUGGAAUGGGCCAGAGUCGCACCAAGUUCCUCUCACACUCCUUCUCCCGGGACAAGCUACACCUGUACAACAUCAAGCAGAAGGACACGUUUUUUGACAAUACGACACGCAGUCGAAUAGUUUACGAGAUCCUGAGGCGUACUUCCUGUGUGCGGGCCUGCCAGUCUGUGGGGGUUUCCACGCUAAUAGCUAAAGGUGUCUAUGACUCAGCCUUCCCCUUGCAUGAUGGUGACUUUAAGGACACCGGAGAGGAGCAAAAAAAUGACAGACAGCUCUUGCAUGAUGAAUGGGCAAGAUAUGGAGCCUUUUACAAGUACCAGCCUGUAGAUCUUAUAAGGAAGUACUUUGGGGAGAAGAUCGGCCUGUACUUUGCCUGGCUUGGGGUCUACACCCAGCUGCUCAUCCCCGCCUCACUGGUCGGCGUCAUCGUCUUCUUCUAUGGCUGUGCCACUGUGGACACCGACGUGCCCAGCAUGGAGAUGUGCGACGAGGGGCAGAACUUCACCAUGUGCCCGCUGUGCGACAUCACCUGCGAUUUCUGGAAGCUGAGCAGCGCGUGCAGCACGGCUCGGGCCAGCCACCUUUUCGACAACCCCGCCACCGUGUUUUUCGCCAUCUUCAUGUCCCUGUGGG